CUGAGAGUCACCGCAACUACAAAGGCCACCGCCCUCCCGUCGAACCGCCCCCUCCGCUCCUACACACACCGCAGACAUGAGGCCGAUUCUUCUCUCCGGUCACGAGCGUGCGCUCACGCAGGUCAAAUACAACCCCGACGGCGACAUCAUUUUCUCCGUCUCCAAGGACCAUGUUGUGUGCGCAUGGUAUUCACACAAUGGCGAGCGGUUGGGGACAUACCACGGCCACGUCGGAGCCCUGUGGACCGUCGACGUCAACCCCACCUCUGAGCUGCUCGCGACCGGUGGCGCCGACAACACGAUGCGUCUGUGGGAGGUCAAGACAGGCAAGCUGCUCAAGACCUGGGAGUUCGCCACAUCCAUCAAGCGCGUCGAGUUCUCGCCCGACGGCAGGCAGCUGCUCGGUGUUACAGAGAAGCGCUCUGGGCACCUGUCCACCAUUGUCGUAUACGAGGUCAACCCCGACGUCGAGGCUACCCAGAGCGACGAGCAGAUUCUGCGGAUAGUCUGUGAUGAGAGCAAGGCAACCGUUGCCGGCUUCUCCUACCUCGCCAAGUACAUCAUUUCGGGCCAUGAGGACGGCUCCGUGACACAGUGGGACGGCAAGACGGGCGAGCUGCUCAGCAGCAAUUACGACGUGCACGAGCCGGACAUGCAGAUCACCGAUCUCCAGUGGUCAGCAGACCGCACAUACUUUAUCACCGCCUCCAAGGACAAGACGGCAAAGCUCCUCGAUGUCGAGACCCUCGACGUCCUGAAGUCAUACAUUGCCGACACACCCCUCAACAGCGCCGCCAUCACCCCCGUAAAGGACUACGUUAUCCUCGGUGGAGGACAGGCCGCCAUGGACGUCACAACCACCUCCGCCCGUCAGGGUAAAUUCGAAGCGCGUUUCUACCACAAGAUCUUCGCCGAGGAGAUUGGCCGUGUGCGUGGCCACUUCGGUCCUCUCAACUACGUCGCCGUGCACCCGCAGGGCACCUCGUACUGCUCCGGUGGUGAGGACGGAUACGUGCGCGUGCAUCACUUCGACAAGCCGUACUUUGACUUCAAGUAUGAGGUUGAGAGGGAGGCGGCGCAGCAGCAGGCGAACUUGUGAGCAGGAGAACUUGUGAGCAAGGAGAACUUGUGGGCAAGUGAACUUGUAAUGUACCAGGAGAGGGAUGUUAUGAGGGAUGUCUGGAGUGGUGCAUGCAUGCAACGGCGUUCCGGUUCCGGUUGGGUUGAAGGUUCUCAAAAGUUCUUGAGAGCGACCUGCAGAUAGACUCGAUAUCAGUGCGAUGUACGCCGAAAUGAAACACCAUAUCAAAGCGCACUGG